AUGCCAGGAAAAGUUGAGGGCAGCGGGAAAAGAGGCGAAGACCCCACCAGAAAGGAGGCUCCAGCGCCCGUGCGUUUUAUGUCGCCCACGGCCCCCCAUCCCCCCCCCCCCAAAGCCAGCGUUUCCUUUUGGGUUUAUGAGCGCGCUCAGCGUGGCCGCUGCGCUUCCCCUUCCAGACGGGCCCGGGGCCGCCCCCCGACGGCGGCAACGCCCCGGGGGGCCGAGCGCGGGCCGAGCUCCCCGGUCCCUCCCCCGGCGCUCCUCCCCUCCUUGCGCCGCGCCGCAGAGCCCGGAGCGCCCCGGGGCCGCCCCGUCGCUCCGCCUCCGCUCCGGAGCCCGGCCGCCCGCCCGCCCGCCUCUUCCCCCCUGCUCCGGCUUUGGCGAGCGCGCCGUGCACCCCGCUGCGGGCGGAGCGAUGCCCCGGGGAUGGCGGUAGCGGCGGACGGGCGGGCGCUGCGGGGCGGCGGGCUGGAGGUGCUGGUGCGCGGCCGCUGGCACCGGGUGCUGGCCAGCCUGAGCCGCCAGGCGCUGGUGCUGAGCGGCGAGGAGGGCGCCGCGGCCAACGGCGUCGGGGCCCCCGACGGCGAGGGGCCCUCGGCCGGCCAGGGGGCCGCCCCGCCGGGGAGCCCCUGCAGCCUCCCCGGAGCGGAGCCGCCGCCGUCGGGGGUCGCCGUCGGGGCGCGCACGGCGUUCACCGACCCGCCCGAGCAGGUCCCGGCGGCGGUGGGCAGCCAGAAGCGGCGGGUGCGGGUGCUGAAGCAGGAGGCGGGCGGGCUGGGCAUCAGCAUCAAGGGGGGCCGCGAGAACAAGAUGCCCAUCCUGGUGAGCAAGAUCUUCAAGGGUCUGGCGGCCGACCUGACCCAGGCGCUCUACGUGGGCGAUGCCAUCCUGGCCGUCAACGGGGCCGACCUGCGCGACGCCACCCACGACGAGGCCGUGCAGGCGCUCAAGAGGGCGGGCAAGGAGGUCUUGCUGGAAGUAAAAUACAUGCGGGAAGCCACCCCUUACGUGAAGAAAGGUUCUCCAGUUUCAGAAAUCGGGUGGGAGACUCCCCCACCAGAAUCCCCCCGGUUGGGAAAUGCAUCCAGCGACCCCCUCUCGCAGCUUUCUCUCUCCAUCCACAGAGACAAGAAAAUGAUCCCGCUCAAAAUGUGCUUCGUUACACGCAACAUGGCUGCCUCGGAUCUGGAAAACAGGCUUGUUGAAAUCCAUUCACCUGAUGCCAAGCACACUCUUGUCCUAAGGAGUAAAGAUUCUGCCACUGCCCAAGCCUGGUUCAACGCUAUCCACUCCUGUGUCAGCGAACUCAUUCCUAAAGUCAUCUCGGAGGUUAAAGAUCAGUUGGGUAAAACGGGGAUUGCAGGAGGCCGAGAGAUUAGGCAUCUUGGUUGGCUCGCAGAAAAGGUGCUGGGAGAGAACGAGAAGCACUGGAAACCUGUACUGGUUGUGCUGACUGAGAAGGAUCUCUUGAUGUAUGAGAACAUGCCACGAAUCAAGGAGGCCUGGUUUAGCCCUCUGCAUUCCUAUCCUCUGCUGGCUACCAGAUUAGUGCAUUCAGGUCCGGGGAAGGGCUCUCCGCCGCCGGGGUUAGACGUCUCCUUCGCAACUCGCACAGGGACGCGGCAAGGGAUCGAGACCCAUCUCUUUAGGACAGAGACGAGCCGAGACCUUUCCAUGUGGACCCGCAGCAUAGUUCAGGGCUGCCACAACGCAGCGGAGCUUACUACGGAAAUCACAACCGCUUGUACCUACAAGAACCAAGAGUGCCGUUUGACCAUCCAUUAUGACCAUGGAUUCUCUCUCACAACUGAACCCCAAGACGGUGCCUUUUCCAAAACAAUUGUACAGUUUCCUUACGAGAAGCUAAAAAUGUCCUCAGACGACGGGAUUCGGAUGCUUUAUCUAGACUUCGGAGGAAAGGAAGGUGAAAUUCAACUGGAUCUUCACUCUUGUCCAAAGCCAAUCGUGUUCAUCAUUCAUUCCUUCCUUUCAGCCAAGAUUACAAGACUUGGUCUGGUAGCAUAAACUCUGUCGAU